AUGACGGCCUGUUGCUAUGGGGAUGAAGGCAGGUCGUUUGGCUCUGAAACAGAGGGCAAGGAGAGAGAUGGAGCCUCAGACAAUGAGACCAAAUCAGACUCUGGGGUUCCUGAGGUUCCCGUUUCUGCCGAUGACACACCAGAGGUUCUCAACAAAGCCCUCUCUGGACUUUCCUCACGAUGGAAGAACUGGUGGGUGAGGGGCAUCCUCACGCUGGCUAUGAUCUCCUUCUUCUUUAUCAUUAUUUACCUGGGCCCGAUGGUGCUGAUGAUGAUUGUGUUGUGUGUUCAGAUCAAGUGCUUCCAUGAGAUCAUCACAAUUGGUUACAGCGUGUAUCACUCUUACCACCUGCCCUGGUUCAGAACACUAAGCUGGUACUUCCUGUUGUGCGUGAACUACUUCUUCUAUGGUGAAACGGUAACAGACUAUUUCUUCACACUGGUGCAGAGGGAGGAGCCUCUACGCAUCCUCAGCAAAUACCACCGCUUCAUUUCCUUUGCCCUGUACCUCACAGGGUUCUGCAUGUUUGUUCUGAGCCUGGUGAAAAAGCACUACCGCCUACAGUUCUACAUGUUCGGCUGGACCCAUGUGACCUUGCUUAUUGUGGUGACUCAGUCCCACUUAAUCAUUCAUAACCUGUUUGAGGGGAUGAUCUGGUUUAUUGUGCCCAUCUCCUGUGUUAUCUGUAAUGACAUCAUGGCUUACAUGUUUGGCUUCUUUUUCGGUCGCACCCCUCUCAUCAAGUUGUCUCCUAAGAAGACGUGGGAGGGGUUUAUCGGGGUUUCUUCUGCCACUAUUGUUUUUGGAAUCUUACUGUCCUACGUGAUGGCAGGUUACCGCUACUUUGUGUGUCCUGUGGAGUUUAACAAUGUCAACAGUUUCACAGUAGACUGUGAGCCAUCUGAGCUCUUCCAGCUUCACGACUAUGGUCUGCCGCCUGUAUUGCAGUCCCUCACGGGCUGGACCACAGUAAAGCUGUACCCAUUCCAGAUCCACAGCAUUGCUCUGUCAGCAUUUGCCUCCAUCAUGGGACCUUUUGGAGGCUUUUUCGCCAGCGGCUUCAAAAGGGCCUUUAAAAUCAAGGACUUUGCAAACACCAUUCCAGGGCAUGGAGGAAUCAUGGAUCGCUUCGACUGUCAGUACCUUAUGGCCACAUUUGUAAAUGUUUACAUUGCCAGCUUUAUCAGGUAAGACUGUUAGUGAAUUUUCGGUACAGUUAUGUAUGGGUUUGUAUACAACUUCUAAUCAUAACAUACAUUACCAUUAAUAUAAUAUAACAUACAUUACCAUUCAACGGUUCUUGAUCAACAUUAAGGUUUAGUAUUUUAAUGUAUUUUAUUCAUGUGAUGUCAAAGCUGAAUUUUCAGGAGCCUUCAGAAAUCGUGCUCAAGAAAUGUUGAAAACGCAACAUAUGUCUUGUGGAAUUUGUGAUACAUUUCACCUUGAUGAAUAGGAAGUUUGAAAGAAUAG